AGGAGGCAGAGAAAUGACUGAAAGGAGCAGAUUUAAAAAGAGCGGCUUCGUCACCCGGCGAGGCACGAGAUAAAGGCAGGGCUUUUAUGUAACUCUUUUAAAGGAAGUUGAUCCUGGCGCUCUCCCCUUUCCUUUUGGGAGUUAGCACUUUGGGGAUCCACUUCAGCCACGCUGAGCUCCUGCAUCCUGCUUCUGUUCUCGGACACAGCCGCAGCGCCACAGGAAAUACACAUGAUGAAGAGUGGAAGGACUGCCUUCAUCGCUAUUAUCACACAUGGCCAAUGAAUCGAGGCCCUGCCCGUGUGAUAUUGGAGACAGGUUUGACUAUGGAGGCCGUGGGCAGGAGGUUCAAGUUGGGCACAUCAAGGCGUACGUCUGCAAACCUUCUGCCAGCACCGACAGGGCUGUCAUUGUGAUUCACGACAUAUUUGGAUGGCAACUCCCAAACACCAGAUACAUAGCUGAUAUGCUAACAACUAAUGGAUACAUAGCCAUCUGCCCAGAUUUUUUUGUGGGACAAGAAGCUUGGAAACCUUCUAAUGACUGGGCAUCUUUCAAUGACUGGGUGAAAACACGAGAUGCCGGCAAAAUAGACAAAGAAGUUGAUGUCGUCCUCAAGUAUCUAAAGGACCAAUGUGGUGCGAAGAAGAUUGGUGUCAUUGGGUUUUGCUGGGGUGGAGCGGCAGUGCAACAUCUGAUGCUGAAAAAUCCUCAUUUAAAGACCGGAGUGUCCCUCUAUGGAGUGAUUAGCCAUUUUGAGGACAAACACAGUUUGCUGCAUCCUACCUUCUUCAUUUUUGGUGAGAAGGAUAACAUUAUUCCAUUGGAGCAGGUCACCUUGCUGGAGCAGAAGCUUAAACAAAACUGUAAAGUUGAUUAUGAAGUUAAAAUUUACCCUGGACAGACACAUGGGUUUGUGCAUCGCAAAAGAGAAGAUAUCAAUCCUCAAGAUAAACCUUACAUUGAGGGAGGAAGAAAGGAUAUGAUCAACUGGCUGAAUAAAUAUCUUUAGGUUAAAUUAAUGCCAAUAAACAAAGUUAAUUGUGGUAGGAAAUCAGGAAAUAAUACAGACUGUAUUACUUAAAAUGUUCUUACAACCAUAAAACUAUUUUGUAAAACUCUUCUGCAAUAACACUACUUAUUUGCACUUACCUUCUAAGUAGGGGCUUAGAAAUGGCUUUUCAAAUGCUGAAAUCUAUAAAUGUAAAGAAGGUUUUUAACACUGAUCUUAUAUAUCUUAAAAUUAUUAGAAUUUCAUGUGGCAUAUUUUCUGGCACCUGAAAGUUUAAUUUUUUUUUAUCAAUAUUAACAUGAUUAAAAAUCAUUGAAGCUCUGCC